AUGCAUCCACAACCACAGAUAGAGGAGAAACAUCUACUGCCUCUACAUAGAGGCACAAGUCAACAGAAUGGCGGCUUCGAGACGGGGAAGCACCGUCGACGUCUUUCUAGGAAGAGGCUACUCAUCAUCACUGCAUUCUUCCUGAUGAUGCUCUUGGUCGUCUAUCGAUGCACCCCUCCCCCAGCUCUCUUCCAAUCUCCACUCACCUUCUCUCAUACCCAGCAACACCCCCAUGACUGCAAACUAGAUCACCUUGAUACCCCAACCAUUGCACUCGAUGGUGCACCUAAUCCAUGGAACAACGUUGAAAUCCAAGAGCUUGAGGCCAGUGUUGAAAAUGAUAAUGGUGUCAAUGCCCAAGUGAAUACCAAGAGCAACAACUUGGAAAAUGCUGGAAAUUCAACCGAGAUCUCAACUGUUAAAACCGGUAACGGAGGAGCAGAAGAAAAUGAAGAAGAAGAAGAAGAAGAUCAAACAUCCAUUUACGCCGAUUCCAUCAUCCGUAAUAUUAUGGAAGGCUCUAAUAAUGCAAUCAUUCCAAGGUUCAAGCUCGUGAAAAGAGCAGACGAAACAAACUCUUCAACCGUGCAAACACCAACUCUUUCAUUCACUGCGGGCACAUCAACUACCCCUCUAGAUCCAACCUCUUCGUCUACGGAUAACUCUGGAACCGCAGACCCAGGAAAUGCAGAAUCGAGUGCAUCGCCAAAUUUCGAUUCCACUUCAACAUCAACACAAGAUCCUCUCUCAACUUCUACUGGUGAUCCAAAUAAUUCACCAUCAUUCACACUAUCGUCUACUGAAUCUUCAGAUCCUACCUCAUCAUCCUUCUCCUCUUCAUUCGAUACUUUGUCUUCUUCUUCAGAUGAUGGCGCCCCUUCGAUCUUCCCCUUCACAACAUCUAUUUUAUCAUCUUCUACCUCCUCAGAAGUUUCGAGCUCCUCUCCAUCCACACCAGAGAGUACCUUCUUCUUCUCAACUUUACCAACUUCAUCGUCGUCAUCGUCAACUUUAUCGUCGUCGUCAUUAACUUUGUCUUCUUCAACAGCAACACAUCCUUCGUUCCUACCAUCCACAAGCUCUUCUUCCACGACAACUUCCAUAUCUACUCCGUCGUUCCCCUCAACAACAUCAUCAUCUUCAUCCAGCUCUUCUCUUUUGUCUUCGUUUAUCUCUACACCGUCGUCAUCUUCCUCCUCGUCAUAUUCAUCGCCGUCUUCAUCAACACUAUCUUCAUCGUCUUCUGCUACUUCUUCCACCUUGUCGCCCUCUUCAUCUAGCGAGUCCUCGACGUCUACGACAUCAACAUCAUCAAGCACAUCAUCAACAACAUCACCGUCAUCAUCAUCGUUUUCUUCCUCGACGAUCACAUCUGCAUCUUCAACGACUUCCAAUGACAAUAAAUUGCUGAUCACCGUUGUUCCAUCUACUACAAUUAUGAAUAGUGCAAGUACAGUUGUGAUUUAUCACACCAUCACAAAAUCAAAUACUCUUGCUAAUUACUCGUCAGGAAUUUCCUCUAAAAAUAAAAAUAUUGCUAUAGGUGUCUCGAUUGGUAUAGGUAUACCAUUGAUUUCUGCUAUAAUCAUCGUUCUCCUGUUAGCAUACCGCCGUAAACAACAGAAUUCAGUGAGAAACUACCUCGAUUCAAAUGGUAGGGAUGCCGGCAUUGCAGUCGAUGAGGGUAACUUCUUCACGAGGUUUUUUAGACGUGCAUUUAUCGGUUUGCCAAUACUGAGAAACGAUCCGAAUGGAGGGGAUUUUGAUGACGACCUCCAUGAUGAUUUAGCUCACGAUCCAAAACCGAUUUUUAGUGGAAAAAAUGACUCAGACCUCUUUGACUCUAAUAGUAACUCAAACAAUGGCUUCUUUGUCAGUAGACCUAAGCCCUUACACUUGGUGAACUCUGAUAAUAACGAUCAGUCCCAAACAAAGGAACAUGACGAUACACUAGAUGAUGAAGAUGUUCACUAUUUGGAUUCAGAUGAUACCGAUGAUUAUGUGCGGCCACCAGGCCACGACUCGAGUGCGUCACCGCCUCAACUCUCUCAAUGA